AUGACCAGCCUCCUCCCUGCUCUCUGAGGAAACCCCAGGUGAGAUGACCUGUCCCCGGGAAGAAGAGAUGGCGGCUUCUGGAAAACCAUUCGGGGCUCAAGGCUUUGCCUGCAAAGGCAGCACAGAGAAUCAGGCAGCCAGGAUGCCCGACUCGCCGGCUGACGUGAAGACGCAGUCCCGCUCCACACCCCCGAACAUGCCCCCACCAUCACCAGCGGUCUCCCAGGGAGCCACGCGGCACCCCACCUUCACCUCAAACCCCAGCCAACCUGCCCCUGCUGCAGCGGGAGCUUCUCCACUGCGCCCGCAUGGCCAAGCAGAGCCCGGCCCAGUACUUGGCCCAACACGAGCAGCUCCUGCUGGAUGCCAACGCCUCCUCGCCCAUCGACUCCUCGGAGCUGCUGCUGGAGGUCAACGAAGGGGUCAAAAGGCGGACGCCAGACAGGACCAAAGAGAACGGCUUGGACCGCGACUCCCUGCAUCCCGAGCACCUCAGCAAGAGGCCUUGCACCCUGAGCCCUGCCCAGCGGUACAGCCCUAACAAUGGGCUCAGCCACCAGCCCAAUGGGCUGCCCCACCCCACCCCGCCUCCCCCCCAACACUACCGCCUCGAGGACAUGGCUGUGGCCCACCGCUACCGGGACACCUACCGCCCUCCGGAUCCUCGGGACCUUCGGGAGCAUCCCCGGCCAGCAGCCGUCCACAGCUCCCGGCAGGAGGAGGAAGAAGCCGUGAACGAGGUGAAGCGCCAGGCCAUGUCGGAGCUGCAGAAGGCCGUCUCGGACGCGGAGAGGAAGGCGCACGAGCUGAUCACGACGGAGCGGGCCAAGAUGGAGAGGGCCCUGGCCGAAGCCAAGCGCCAAGCCUCCGAGGAUGCUUUGACUGUCAUUAACCAACAAGAGGACUCCAGUGAGAGCUGCUGGAACUGCGGGCGGAAGGCCAGUGAGACCUGCAGCGGAUGCAACACUGCGCGUUACUGCGGCUCCUUCUGCCAGCACAAAGAUUGGGAGAAGCACCACCACGUCUGUGGACAGACCCUCCAGGGCCUCCAGUCUUCCGUAGGGGCGGGCUCUUCCGGCCCGGUUGGGCUGCCCGGACCUCCCGCCCAGCCAGACGGGGUGGCUGUGACCAGCUCCAUCCCCAGCGUGGCCCUGGGAAGCAGCUCGAGCGACCCGGGCUCUGCCACCGUCUCGCGUUCUGGCACACCGGCGACCCCGGCCCCAUUGGACACCACGUCCCGCUAGGCGAGAGACCAAAAGGGAAGGGAAGCAUCACUGCUGCUGCUGCUGCUACCACUGCUCCCCAAACGGGGAAGGCAAAGACAGAAAGAGAAAACUGCAUCCAAUGCAAAUCCUCAGCUACCUGACACGUGUUUGACCUCCAGAGCAACCUCUCACCCUACGACAGAAUCCUCACGAAUCCUCAGACCUGGCUUGAAAUGGAGUUAACGGCAAGCGCCGAGCCUCCUCCGUUCUUCGAAGACGGUGAUGACGAUGGGAGACUCCAUGUCCGACCCACAGGAGGUGGGGGAAUUGAAGGUGGUGGUGGUUGUUUUUCUUUCCUUUUUCUUCUUCUCCUCCUCCUCCUCCUCCUCCUCCUCCUCAGAUGAGGCAUCGGCAGGUCUCCCCCACCUCUUGAGUUGCGGGCAGGGAAGUGAAGGCUCCCGCUGCCUCCUGCGAGAGACGCGUUCAUGGAAAUGAAAAGAACGGAAGCCCCUUCUUUCUGAAAGAGGAAAGGGGGCAGAAGAAGGCAGGGAAAAUGGAUUUCAGUUACAAAAAGCAAGCCUUUUUUUCCCCUCCUUUUUGUAAAAAAAUAAAAAUAGACAAUAAAAACAUCAAACUCUUUUGGCUUUAAGUAAAACAGAAAGAAAGAAAAAAAAAUUCCAAAAAUUACCCGCAGAACCAAGUAAAGGAAGCUUACCUGUAAACUACCUUGCUAGUUAGCCAAGAAAUGCCAUUUUCACCUCUGCUCCAAAGGAAAUCCAAAAGAAAGAAAGAAUCCAAACUUUUUUCCACUGCCAAAGUUUCUCUCCCUUCCUCCC